AUGACCAACUCCCCUGAGCUCCCCCCCGAGAUCAUCAUCAAAAUCGGCUUCUGCAUCCCAGCACUUGUAGAGGAACCAUCUCCCACCUCCCGAGUGGCAUUGAAGGCAUUCAGACCCCAGACCUUCUUUGCCUGUUUUCUGGUCUCUAGGACAUGGUACCAGAGCCUUCUCCCUGUCCUCUGGUACGCAUACUGCGGAAACUCUAUGAGCCGGAUACCCAACGACGUCAUUGCGAGAUACAGCCACCAUUUCAGGAUCCUCCGCCCUGCUCUUGUUCACCCCGGACCGCUGCACUGUACUCUUUUGACUGUAUUGGAGCUGGACCGUUAUGAGACCUGUACAUACAAGGAACAUUUGCAACUGAGUCAACUUGUGCGGGAGAACCCAGGGCUCCGGACCCUCACCCGGACAAGGGCUACCUCUAAAUCGAUGACGCUGGAGUCGGACGAUUUCGUGGGUCUGAAGAGUUUGGAGGUUUUGACGCUUGGAGGCUGGAAAUUGUCGGACAGGCGAUUGUUUGGCAUCUUGAGGGCGGUAGGUAGCAAGCUGAGAAUUCUGAGGCUGCAUCGCAUAUACGGACUUUUACCUUGUGACCUCUCUCCUCAACUGGAACAGGACGGAAUUGCUGACAUUAACUCUAAGAUUGACGACGGACGUUUGACGCUACCUUGCUUGGAAACAAUUGAGACCGACAUUUUUAAUGGUGGCCCAGGCAACCUCGGAAUUCAUGAUCUGGAAGAGCUUGUCGCUGGCUUUCCUCGCUUGGAGACACUCGUGACAGGAAUACCAGCAAGUUCCCAAACAAGUUGCCUUGCUAGUGCCCUGCGUGACCGCUGCCCAAGGCUUCGGAAUCUGAGGUUGGACGCAUGGGGUGUGUCGGAGGAUCAACUUGCAGCUUUGGUCGGGCCGGUUUCUGCUACAGGACUGUUCUCACUCCAGCUCGACAACAUCUGCGUUGGCAAGGAGUUGACAUCGGCCAUUUCACGGCAUGCGGCGACUCUGCAACACCUCCGUCUCCAGAGCGCCUACUUUCAAUUGGAUCUUCAGGCAGUCGUUGAGAUGUUGGUCGAGUGUUGGCAGCUAAAGACCUUUGGCAUCCAAAGCAUGUACAUAUUCAAUGAGAACGUGGCGGAGACUUUGAAGAGUCAGUUGUGGGGACAACGGUUGGAGAGACUGAGCUUGGGCUUUGAGACUGGAGUCAAUCGCGGGGAGGUUAUGGAUUUUUUCCACAGCAAGUCAAGAGAGGAUUCGACAUGGAGGUGGCGGCACGCUGACUGGAAGUUGAUUGGUUUCCGAGCAAAGAAUGCGGAUGUACGGACGGCGACGAGGGCCUUGCUGGAGAAGGCGUUUGAAAUUGUUCAGGAGAUGGAGUGUUUGCACACGUUCGAGUGGAACGGUUUUCCCUUCACUCGAACUCUUGUGUAG